UGUCAGCUUAUUACAAGUGUCAAUUGUAAACAUAGCUGAUUUCAUUUGGAAUGAAUACUUAAUGAAUGGAAUUUGCUUAUAUUCGCCGAAGGGGAAUCAGUAUUGACCAGCAGAUCUCUGUUUAAUGUGAAAUACAGUACAUACCUAUAAAGAUUUGAAUAUGACAAGGCAACAUUGAACUCAACACAUUAAAACAAUUAAUACUGUGUUCGUGCUUCAGGAAUAUCGCUUUCAUGGUGUGAUAUCAUAAUCAUUAAACGACUACUAAAAUAUCAGAGAAGAAUACCCAUAGUAUGUGAUAUAUCAGGGAUGCUUCGUUAUUUUCGUUAGCAAAUAAGCUGGUGCGAGGAAAGUUUAUUUACAAAGCGUCUUGAUCUCCAAAAUUGCAGGCAACAGUAACCAUGGCAACUGAAGAGGAAUGGGAAAACCAUGGUUACGAGAUCUACCGGACGGUGACAACGACAGAGAGGCAGGCCAUGGGUAAACCGCCUUUGGAGAGAUCCACGAGUUUCACGAGCGGUGCCAUUAAGAAGGCGUCCGUGCAGUGGUACAAGAUGAAGUGGUUCUACACGGGCAAAGCUACCAAUACAUGGGGCGACGAACUACAGGGAUACGCCGUGGUAAGGGAUACUUCGCCACUGGACUUUGCGGGGUUGGAUAUUCUACGCCCCGGAAAGGUGAACCAAGUACGUCUGCGAUUUUUCAACCUCUGCAGAGGAGAUGACGCGUCAGACGACUUCCGGUGUGCAUUUUUGAAAGUAAGAGUAUUAUUUGAUAAGACAACGUAA